AUGGCAGGGCUUGGUACUGGAGCACCUAUUGUGAAGGUGUAUCAUGAGAAAUCUCUGAUCUUACCUGAUGUUUCAAGGGUGCUCGCAUGCCUCUAUGAGAAGGAUGUCAAGUUUGAGACUCACACAGCCUCUUACAAGAGCCUACUUAGACUCCAGGCAUCAACCCAUGCUCCAGUUCCGUUCUAUGAUGGUCCUACAUUUCUGGAAGAAUCCAGAGAAAUCUGCCGCUAUGUGGCAGAAACUUAUGAACAUCACGGAUAUCCGUUCCUCCUUGGGAAGGAUGCCCUUGAGAGAGCUUCAAUUGAGCAAUGGCUCCAUCAUGAGGAGCAUACUUUCAACCCUGCAAGCCGGGCCUUAUUCUGCCACUUAGCCUUCCCCCUGGAUAGAGAAGAUGAUGAUAUAGAGAUGCAGAAGGCAAAGUUAGAAGAGAUUCUGGAAGUUUAUGAGCAAAGGCUCAGUGACAGUGAAUUCCUUGCUGGCAACAAAUUCACCCUCGCUGACCUUGUUCACUUGCCAAAUUCCCACUAUAUCACAGCAUCAAGCAAAUUUGUCUACCUCUAUGACUCAAGAAAGAAUGUGCAGAGGUGGUGGAAUGAUAUUUCUACCCGGGCUUCCUGGAAGCAGGUACUGAGUUAUAUGACAAGGGUGGAGCAGCAGCACAAAUUGGAGGAAUUUGAGAAACAGAAGCAGCAGGAGUGGCAGAGAGAGCAUCGUACAGCCGCUGGAGGCAGAACUCGACUGUACUCACAGAAGCAUACCAUUACUGGCACAAGGUCUCAGACAAUAUUGGUUCCUCCUCCUCCUGGUACUGUCUCACCAUCUCCCAUUGCUCCUCAGGCAGAUCAGCCUCCUCCUGCUGAUUCUUUAUCUGAGAAAGCAUCAGUAUCCUCGAGCCAAAGUACUACUACUCAUAAAUCGUUAACUUCCCCAAACAAACAGACUACCAUCUUUAAUACCCAUCAAGAAACUCCACCAGACUUGGACCAAAGUACUCAAAUAACCAACACCUCAUCUACCCCAAGCCUUGGUACCUUCCAUACUGCACCUGAUAAACCUCCAAGAAUUCAUGCUGAUAUGUCCAGCAUUAGAGAUGUCUCAGUUCCCUCUGACGCCACAGAGACAGACCUUCCCACUAGACCCUAUAUUGAACCUACCCCACAAAAACCUCCAGCAUUGCUGGACACUCAUUCUCAAACCAGUCUAGCAGCAACCAAAGAAGAUUCUGACCAACUCAAUGCAUCUGACUUGUAUAAAAGUGACAGAAAAUCUACUGGUGUUUAUUCCGAGGAAAAGGAAUCAAUAUCAUAUACUGCUCACACUUUUGAAGGCACAUAUGGUAAAUCCACUACCCAGGGAGCUACAGAUAGUUUUCCCAGCAAUCUCCACUCUACUGAACACCAGAUGCUGCAGUCUAAGCAGUGGCAUGCUGCCACAUCUGGCUUGCGCAAUCUGCAGGGAGAUAUUGAUUCAAUGCCUAGUCGUCAAGUAAAACCAAGCAAAGAUGUGCAACAAUACCCACCACAAGAUUCAGAGCAAGCAAGCAUCCGUCCUGUUGCUCAAGAACCAAAGAGCAGGAAGGACAAACUAGUUCGAGGUCCAGAAAUUAUAGCUCAAACACCCCAUACUUAUCAGACAAGGGAUGCUUCUCUGCAGCCGCGAGAUGCUGCUGAUGCUAGAAUUUCAGAGAAUGAAACAUCAUUUGAUCGAAGGAAAAAAGGUGCUGAUUGGCCAAAGCAUUCAACGGAGGAAGAUGCCCAAGCUACACCUUUCCAAACAACAUAUGAUGAUUCUCAAGGUGCCACUCAGAGAGCAAGAGAAACUUCUUUUGUACCAAGGAGAACAAUGGAUCAAGAUGUACAUGAUACCAGUCAAGUAAUAAGGACUUAUGGCUCUGCACCUUCUAGAUUGCAACCUAAGGAUGCUUCACAAGAUGUUCCUCUGUCAUCAAAGAAAGCACCAUCUAAAGUUCCUCACACAACCACACAUGUUUCUACAGGGUACCAAGGUGCUCAAGAGUUCAUCCAAGGUAGCGAGACACCUAAACAAAGGCGAAUGGAGGUUCAAGACAGCUUAGAAGAAACUAAGGCUGGCGAAUAUGCAAUGCCUAGAGAACAACCUUCAAAAGAUUUGCAAGAAGCAACUCCUCCCUUGAGACAAGCAGAAGCUAAAGAUAUUCGGCACACUGUCCCUUCCUUCCAAAAGCAAGAAACAGCUGAUUCUCAUAGUACAACUACACCAUUCCAAAGGAGGUACCCUGAAGUUGAAGACACCAGCAAAGAACUAACACAUAAGCCAAAGGAAACAGGGGCUGGGGUUGCUCAACAUGACUUUGAAGAAACAAAGGCUCUUGAUUCAGCGACAUUUGGAGGCAGAGCACAGCCCCAAGAUACUCAGCGAGCUGCAAUUACUCCACCGAAGCAAGCAACAGCAAACAAUGUUCUUAGUGCGACUCCACUUUCCCCAACAAGAUAUCCAACUGCAGAAGACAGCGGUAGGCAACCCAGAAGAACAGCUUCUACAUCAUCAGGAAAAGCAGUUCAAGAUGGCAGAGAUAAAGAACCAAAGAGUGUUGAUUUCACAUCAUCCAGAGAGCAACCUUCAGAUGUUAGGCGCACUGCUGCUUCCUUCCAAAAGCAAGAAUCAGCUGAUUCUCGUAGCACAACUACGCCAUUCCAGAGGAAGUACCCUGAUGUUGAAGACACCACCAAAAAACCAAGAGAUAAACCAAAGGAAACAGUGGGUGAGGAUUCUCGAGGCAUAUCUGAAGAAAUACAAGCUCUUGACUCUACGUUAUUUGGAGGCAGAGCAAGGCCCAAAGAUACUCAUCAAACUGCAAUUACUCCAUCUCAUCAAGCAGCAGCCAAAGAUGCUCCCGAUGUGACUCCAUUUUCCCCAACAAGAUAUCCAGCUGCAGAAGUCAUCAACAGGCAACUCAGAAGAACAGCUUCUACACCAACAGAGAAAGAAGUUCAAGAUGGUAGAGAUGCCUUUAUAGAACCGAUAAGUGUUGAUUCCACAUCAUCCAAAGAGCAACCUUCAGAUGUUCGUGGAGUUUUUUCUUCCCUUCCAAAGGAUGAAGCAGGUGAUUCUCGUAGGAAAACCAUGCCAUUCCAACAGGGAUAUCCUGAUAUUGAUGACACCACCAAAGAACCAAGAGAUAAACCAAAGGAAACAGGAGUUGAGGUUGCUCAAUAUGGCUUUAAAGAAGCAAAGGCUCUUGACUCUACAUUGUUCAGAGGGAGAGCACAACCCGAAGAUACUCAGCAAGCAGCAAUUACUCCGUCUCAGCAAGCAGCAAUUACCCCGUCUCAGCAAGCAGCAGCCAACGAUGCACUCAGUGUUACUCCACUUUACCCAACAAGAUAUCCAGCUGCAGAAGACAGCAGCAGGCAACCCAGAAGAACAACUUCUACACCAACAGAGAAAACAGUUCAAGAUGGCAGAGAUGCCAUGAGAGAUCCAAGGAGUGUUGAUUCCACAUCAUCCAGAGAGCAACCUUCAGAUUUUCGGCAAACUGGUGCUUCCUUCCAAAAGCAAGAGGCCGCUGAUUCUCAUAGCACAAUUAUGCCAUUCCAAAGGAGGUACCCUGAUGUUGAAGACACCACCAAAGAACCAAGAGAUAAGCCAAAGAAAACGGUGGGUGAGGAUUCUGAAGAAACACAAGCUCUUGACUCUACAUUAUUUAUAGGCAGAGCAAAGCCCAAAGAUACUCAAGAAACUGCAAUUACUCCAUCUCAGCAAGCAGCAACCAAAGAUGCUCUCAGUGUGACUCCACUUUCCCCAACAAGAUAUCCAGCUGCAGAAGAUACCAGCAUGCAACCAAGAAGAAUAGCUUCUACACCAACAGAGAAAGUAGUUCAAGAUGGUAGAGAUGCUUCUAUAGAAUCGACAAGUGUUGAUUCCACCUCAUCCCAAGAGCAGCCUUCAGAUGUUCGUCGAGCUUCUGCUUCCCUUUCAAACCAAGAAGCAGCUGAUUCUCGUAGGACAUCCAUGCCAUUCCAAAGGAGGUACCCUGAUAUUGACAACACCACCAAAAAACUAAGAGACAAGCCAAAGGAAACCAUGGAUGAUGAUGCUCAAGACGUAUCUGAAGAAACAAAGGUUAUUGACUCUACAUUAUUUAGAGGGAGUGCACAGCCUCAAGAUACUCAGCAAGUGGCAACUACUCCGUCUCAGCAAGCAGCAGCCACUGAUUCUCUCAGUGUAACUCCGCUUUCCCCAACGAGAUAUCCAAAUGCAGAAGACAACAGCAGGCAACCCAGAAGAACAACUUCUACACCAACAGAGAAAGCAGUUCAAGAUGGUAGAUAUACCUUCAGAGAAUUGAUGAGUGUUGAUUCCACAUCAUCCAGAGAGCAACCUUCAGAUGUUCGGCAAGCUGACGCUUCCUUCCAAAAGCAAGAAGCAGCUAAUUCUCGUAGCACAACUAUGCCAUUCCUAAGGAGGUACCGGGAUAUUGACGACACCAAAGAACCAAGAGAUAAACCAAAGGAAACAGUGGGUCAAGAUGUGGAAGACACUAUUGAGGAAUCAAAUACCGCUGACUCUUUAUUGUUUGCCACACAACCUUCUGAUAUGCCCCAAGCUGCACUCACUCCAUCAAAGAAAGUGACACCUGAAGAUGCUCCUACUGUGUCUCCACCUUUGCCAACAAGAUAUCCAAGUGUUGAAGACACCAGAAAGCAAUCUAUGGGAACUACAACUCUGGAAGCACCUCAAGAUAUUAGAGAACCAAAGGCUGUUGACUCCACAUCAUCCCCUGGACCUUCAGAUCCUUUGAGAGCUUCUGCCUCCCUCCCAAAGCAAGAAGUGGACGAUGCUCACAGAACUACCACACCAUUUCAAAAGAUAGAUCCUGAACUUAAGAACACCACAAAGCCUGUUAAAGACAACAUUUCUACAUCAUGGGAAAUGACAGCUCAAGAUGCUAAAGACGCUUUCAAAGAAACAAAGAUUCCUGAUUCUGCAGCACCCAGUAUGUCUGAAAUGGAUUCAAGUAGAACUGAUGCAGAGGCUCAAGCAGAAGCUCAAGAUACUUGGGAUGGAGGCAGGCAAAGCAGAGGUACCUGGGAUAAAGGAAUGCAAAGAAGAGAAACCAUUUCUGCACGAAAGGAAAUGGUGGCCAAAGAUGCUGAAGACAUGUCUGCAGAAACAAAGACUGGUGAUUUUUCAUCUAUAAGGCAAUCUCCUGAACUUCUGCAAGCUAGUUCUCAAUCAAGGCAGGUUGUGCCUGAUAAUGCUCGUGGUGCUACUAAGGGACCCAAAGUGUCAUUCACCAAUGAGACAAUACAGUCUCCAGAUGUUAAGGAUACAACCAGGGAAUCCAGAGUUGCCUCUGAAGAGAUUAUAGGACCUGCUUCAACAUUAGACAGAGUGGAAUCUUUUGGUUCUCAUGAUACCCAACACACCAAUGAAGGAUCUAGAAUACCGUCUGCUGAUGAAAGAGAGGAUGUUUCAACACAAUUUCAGUCAGAUGCUCAAGAUGUUUUAAAGGAACUAAAAUCGUCAUUUACAGAUCAGAGAGGCAUGGAUUCAUCACAUUCACAGGCAGAAUCUGGAAAAGAUACUCUAGCAACAAAAGGAGGAAAAACAUUCUCAACUGAGAAACUUAGGGAGAUGCCCAUAGAAAGUGAAGCCUCAGGACCCACAGGACAGCGUACAGAUUCUGGGUACCCUUCUGUGGAAGGCAGUCAACAAGCUCGAACCCUCCCAGCUGGUGGGAAAGUAGACUAUUCCACUCCAAAGCAUCAACCACCUCCUGGUUCUCCAUCUGCCUCUCAUGAGAAACCAGCUUCAGCACCACCCAGGGAAAGAUUUCGUGAUGACUAUAGCACUGAAUAUCCAAUGAAAAAAGACACAAUUGAUGAUCAGAAAGAGGUGCCACCUCUUUCGAGCCAAGGCCCAACUUCCCAAGUACAACAUGCCUCUCAAACAUCACAGAAAGAAGCUCCUGAUAAUGGUGUGUCAACCAUUGAUCAAUGGCGGCUUGCGCCUAGGACAAUGAAAGAUGUAACUCCUAUUUCUGGCGAUGAUGUGACUGGUCUGUCUAGUGACGAUCAAAUUCCACCACCAAUGGGCCAAGAGACAAUUCCAAGCAUUCAGGAUGCCAAUGAGCCUACUGAUGUGUUGGACAAAACCAAAAAGACCAAACCAACCUCAACUGAUCAAGAAGGCAUGGCACCCACUGCCGGGCUAGGAUCAACUCUGGAAUCCCAGCUUGGUGGUACGUUAGCAGCUGAAGUAGUCCACACUGAUCAGAAAUCCACUCUGGCAGAUCGUGAGUCAGCUCGUGCCACACAACCCCUUUCAUCUGUUGAGCCAAUCAAAGAUCAUGCAGCUGAUCAACCUGUGGUUCCGCAACCAAUCUUUUAUCAACAAGCCAGAACAUCUCCAUCAAUCACAAGACGAGCACAAACCUUGGAUAAUCUUGGUGCCAUAAGCAAAAUCCAGGAAGUCUCUCUUCAUAGUCAACCAGUUGACUAUUCAGCAGUAUCACAUGUUUCAACUGAAGAACAAGUACCCCGUGCACCUCCACCUUCUGCAUCUCUCAAAUCUGUUCCCGCUGAAGAUAUACAUGCUGACGCCAAUGGCAAAGUUCAAACCAUGAAGCCAUCGGCGACUCCCGAUGCUCCACAUGUUACCACGCCUGCUGAAGUAGCUCUUUCUGAACAGAAAUUAGCUCUAGCUGGUCAAGAUUCAUCUCAGUCUACACAAUUGCCUUCACCCGAUGAGCCAAGGAGCCAAGAGAACGAUGCUGAGUUAACUCAAGCACAACCAACUCCUGAGUCUCCACCUGACCUUUCGUCACAAUAUGGUGUGCCUACUGAUGUGUUGGACAAAACCGAAAAGACCAAAUUGACCCCAACUGACCAAGAAGGCGUGGCACCCACUGCUGGGCCAGGAUCAACUCUGGAAUCCCAGCUUGGUGGUACGUUAGCAGCUGAAGUAGUCCACACUGAUCAGAAAUCCACUCUGCCAGAUCAUGAGUCAGCCCGUGCCACACAACCCCUUCCAUCUAUUGAGCUAACCAAAGAAGAUACUAAUGUUUCUACAGCUGAUCAACCGGUGGUUCCGCAAACAUUUUUUUAUCAACAAGCCAGAACAUCUCCACCAAUCACAAGACAAGCACAAACCUCGGAUAAUCUUGGUGCCAUAAGCAAAAUCCAAGAAGUCUCUCCUGAUAGUCAACCAGGUGACUAUUCAACAGUAUCACCUAUUUCAACUGAAGAACAAGUACCCCGUGCACCUCCACCUUCUGCAUCUCUCAUAUCUACUCCCGCUGAAGAUAUAUCUACUGACACCAAUGGCAAAGUUCAAGCCACGAAGCCAUCAGCGACUCCCGAUGGUCCACAUGUUACCACACCUGGUGAAGUAGCUCUUUCUAAACAGAAAUUAACUCCAGCUGGUCAAGAUUCAUCUCAGUCUACACAAUUGCCUUCACCUGAUGAGCCAAGGAGCCAAGAGAACGAUGCUGAGUUUACUCAAGUACAACCAACUCCCCAAUCUCCACCUGACCUUUCAUCACAAUAUGGUGUGCCUACUAAUGUGUUGGACAAAACCGAAAAGAUCAAACCGACCACAACUGACCAAGAAGGCGUGUCACCUACUGCUGGGCCAGGAUCAACUCUGGAAACCCAGCUUGGUGGUACGUUAGCAGCUGAAGUAGUCCACACUGAUCAGAAAUCCACUCUGCCAGAUCGCGAGUCAGCUCAUGCCACACAAGCCCUUUCAUUUGUUGAGCCAACCAAAGAAGAUACUAAUGUUUCUGCAGUUGAUCAACCGGUGGUUCCGCAAACAAUCUUUUAUCAACAAGCCAGAACAUCUCCAUCAAUUACAAGACAAGCACACACCUCGGAUAAUCUUGAUGCCAUAGGCAAAAUCGAAGAAGUCUCUCCUGAUAGUCAACCAGCUGACUAUUCAGCAGUAUCACCUAUUUUAACUGAAGAACAAGUACCCCGUGCGCCUCCACCUUCUGCAUCUGUCAAAUCUGUUCACACUGAAGAUAUACGUGCUGACGCCAAUGGCAAAGUUCAAACCACGAAGCCAUCAGCGACUCCCGAUGCUCCACAUGUUACCACACCUGCUGAAGUAGCUCUUUCUGAACAGAAAUUAGCUCUAGCUGGUGAAGAUUCAUCUCAGUCUACACAAUUACAUUUGCCCGAUGAGCCAAGGAGCCAAGAGAACGAUGCUGAGUUAACUCAAGCACAACCAACUCCUGAGUCUCCACCUGACCUUUCGUCACAAUAUGGUGUGCCUGCUGAUGUGUUGGACAAAAUUGAAAAGACCAAACCGACCUCAACUGACCAAGAAGGCAUGACACCCACUGCUGGGCCAAGAUCAACUCUGGAAUCCCAGCUUGGUGGUAUGUUAGCAGCUGAAGUAGUCCACACUGAUCAGAAAUCCACUCUGCCAGAUCGUGAAUCAGCCCGUGCCACACAACCCCUUUCAUCUGUUGAGCCAACCAAAGAUGAUGCAGCUGAUCAACCGGUGGUUCCGCAACCAAUCUUUUAUCAACAAGCCAGAACAUCUCCAUCAAUCACAAGACAAGCACAAACCUCGGAUAAUCUUGGUGCCAUAACCAAAAUCCAGGAAGUCUAUCCUGAUAGUCAACCAGCUAACUAUUCAGCAGUAUCACCUGUUUUAACUGAAGAACAAGUACCCCGUGCACCUCCACCUUCUGCAUCUGUCAAAUCUGUUCCCGCUGAAGAUGUAUCUACUGACACCAAUGGCAAAGUUGAAACCCUGAAGCCAUCAGCGACUCCCGAUGCUCCACAUGUUAUGACACCUGGUGAAGUAGCUCUUUCUAAACAGAAAUUAGCUCCAGGUGGUCAAGAUUCAUCUCAGUCUACACAAUUGCCUUCGCCCAACGAGCCAAGGAGUCAAGAGAACGAUGCCGAGUUAACUCAAACACAACCAACUCCUGAGUCUCCACCUGACCUUUCAUCACAAUAUGGUGUGCCUACUGAUGUGUUGGACAAAACCGAAAAGACCAAACCGGCCUCAAUUGAUCAAGAAGGCGUGGCACCCACUGUGCCUGAUCCAACACAAAUCAAUAGUGACAUUCUUCCCACUAGUGGUUAUGGGCCAACAAGUUCUCCAAAUAAUCAAGAGACACAGCCUCUUGCUGGAGCUCAAGCACCACCUACUAUGGAUAGUAGUUUCUCUACAUUUGUUCAGAAUAGGCCUGCUAAUUCCUUGCAAAAUUUUGAUUCAUCAAUGCCAUCCGCAACUGAUGAAGCAGUCAAGGCACCUAUGGUGAACCCUACACCAACAACAGAUGCUCCACAAGGCAAAGAUUUAGCUCAAUCUACACAGCUGCCUCCCUCUACUGAAUCGAGUCAAAAGGUGUCUAAAGUUGUUAAAGAUGAUCAAACCAUUGUAUCAGAACCAUAUACUAUUCAAGACACCAUAUCAUCUUCAGUGGGCUCUAGAGGGCCAUCAAGUUCAGAUUCUACAUAUCCUACAGUAAAAAAACAAGAAUUUGACCCUGAUGCAGUGAAACCAAGUCUUCCUAUGACAGCAACACCUGGGGACAUACAACCUUCGUCACCCAAAGAAUACAUGGAAGUAACUGAAGAAAUAUCGAAGCAACAACAACAAACUGACCAGUCCAGCACAGAAUCAUCUAAAGAUGAAAACAAGCCCAAUGGAGUAAGUACUAGCAUCUCAACAACAACUGGAGACAUGCACCCGUCACCACCCAAGGAAAGCAUGGAAUCAACUGAAGAAGCCAGAAACCAACAAAAGGCACAAGACAGCAAGGAGCAAGUUAAAGAUACUGAGGAACAGAACACUGGAACUGGUGAGCCUGAAAAAUCAAACCUCCCACAAAAACAUGAAUCAGAUGAACAACGGAAUAUCUCAAGAAGAAGCUUUAGAUCAAUCAGGAAAACAAGCUUCAGGGGUUCAGCAACCAGGCAGCGAUGUUUCCAAAUCAACAAAGGAUACAUCAAGGGAAGCAUAAUGACCCCUGAAGAAUACAUGCGUGACCUACAAGCCAAAGGCAAUACUCAAGAUGAAGAAAUUGAGACAGCGAUCUCGGAGAAGGAGCAGCCUAAGGCAAGAGAUUCCCAAGCUAAUACUAAUGGAAUUAUCAGUAGCCAGUCUGAGGUGCAGGCUUCUGAGAUAUCUGAGAGACAAACUUCAAGUCUUGAAGAUAUGAAUAGGAACUCUAAAGAAACAGGUGGCUAUCUGCUAGCAACAACUUCCUCAAAUAAUAAAGAGGCACAGCCUCCUGCAGGAACUCCAACACCAUCUAUUGAGGGUAGUAGUUCCUCUACAUUUCUUCAGGAUGUGCCUGAUAAUUCCUUGCCAAAUUUCGAUUUACCGAGGUCAUCCACAACUGAUGAAGCAGUCAAGCCACCUAUGCUGUUGAGCCCUGGACCAGCUCCAGAGGCUUCACCAGGGACUGCAUCUUUCCCCGCUCCAGCCCCAGAUGCUCCACAAGACAAAGAUUUAACUCAAUCUACACAGCUGCCUCCCUCUAUUCAAUCAAGUCAAAAAGUGUCUAAAGUUGUUAAAGACGACCAAACCAUUGGAUCACAAUCAUCUACUGUUCAAGACACUAUACUAUCUUCAACAGUCUCUGGAGGGUCAUCAAGUUCAGAUUCUACAUCUCCUACAGGGCAAAAUCAAGAAUUUGACCCUGAUGCAGUGAAACCGAGUCUUUCUACAAUAGAUAUGGAUUCUGUACAUCCUCCACGUGAAGCUUCUCUUGAUUUUUCAAGCAAUGAGAAAACUACCUCCCAGGGUAGUCAGGCGAACAACCUGCCAAACAUCAGUCUCUCUGUCUCAGCGAGUCAAUUAGUUGAUCAAUCCGAAAAUGGUGCUGCCACUGGAGCGCCCUCUGCAGAAUUGGUACCAUCAAAUUCUCAAGAAAACUCUCAAGGUAUGCCAAUCAAAGAAAUAUCCAAGCAGCAACAGCAAACUGACCAGUCCAGUACUAAAUCAUCUAAAGAUGACAACAAAGAGACCAACGGAGGAAAUGCUGGCAUCUCAACAAAACCUAAAGACAUACAGCCUUCACCACCCAAGGAAAGCAUGGAAAUAACUGAAGAAGCCAGAAACCAACAAAAGUCACAGGACAGCAUGAAGCAAAUUGAAGAUGUUGACGAACAAAACACUGGAACUGGUGAGCCUGAUAAAUCAAACCUCGGCAAAAACAUGAAUGAGAAGAAUAACGGAAUAUCUCAAGAUCAAGCUUUAAGCCAAUCAGGAAAACCAGCUUCAGGGGUUGAGCUACUGGGCAACGCUGUUCCCAAAUCAACAAAGGACACAUCAAGUGGCAUCCAAACAUACGAUAAAUCUGAGAAUAGCUUGAUGUCAUCUGAAGAGCACACACUGGAUCUACAAGCCAAAGGCAAUAAUACUCAAGGUGGAGAAAUGGAGACACAGACCUUGGAAACGGAGCAGCCUAAAGAAAGUGAUCCCCAAACUAAUAGUAAUGGAAUUAUCAAUAACCAGUCUCAGGCACAGGCUUCAGAUAUACCCGAAGGACAAGCUUCAAGUACGGAAGAUCUGAAAGGGAAUUCUAGAGAAACAGAUAGCUCAACCAACGACACCAAACCUGGAGGCACUGAAGAUAAUACAUCUUGAUGAACUGCAACCCGUCAGCCUAUCCGUGUUGCUGGAGUGCACUACUGAAUAAACAUCAAGUAAGAAGAAGCCAUUGCACAUUUACCUUGUUUAUUUCUAUUGUUUCUAUAUAUUUUUUAUCAUAUAAUAAGGUCAUCCCCUUGUCAUACUUGGAUGAUGCCACUACCAUUCUGGACUAUGGUUCUUUGUUUAACCAAGUGAUUUGCUUUCUUGUAAAAGCAUUUACGUUUUAUCAUAUUUUUGUUAAUGAUGAAACUGCAACGACGUUCACUUUAUUUGAUAUCCUCCGUUGUG